UUUUUUUUACAGGAUUGUUUUUUAGAAAAGCAUGAAUCUUUCUACUCCUUCCUUUUAUGCUAUCCUACACACACCUCCUCUUAUUGAUACAUCAGAUAUUCGAUUACUUUUAUUUAUAAACUCUACUUUUAAUCCAAUCAAUGAAAACAUUGGCGGAACUUAUAUAAAACAAACUCAAGAAUUAAAGAAUUACUUGGAACAAGAACAUCAUGUCAAUGAACAUUCUUUACAGAUCUUAUUCAAGACUUUAAUUGAACAAGAAACAAAAUAUUAUCAUGAAAAGAAUUUUGGUUUUAGAAAUGUAAUUCUUUAUUAUCUUAUGAAUCAUAUUACUACUAGUCAUUGGGCAUUAUUAUUUCUUCAAAAAGAAUGUAUGGAUUUUAUUCAAUAUGAUGAUAAAAUAAAACUAUUAAGUUUAUGUAUAAAGCUUAGAUCAACUAUUGGUUAUGAUGACCUUGAAAAAACCCAAGUUUUGUACAACAUUCAAAAGGAUCUACAUCUACCAUCAUGUGUCUGGAACAAAGAAAUUCUAGUCAAUUGUCAAGAUAAACAAACACUUCUUUUUGAUAUUGAUUUAUUAUUUAAUCAUUUAAUUGACAAUCUUUCUUUUCAAUUAAAUCAAUGGAUAAAGUUAUUGCCUGACAACAAAUAUAUGCCAUCUUCAAUACAAACAAGGUUAAAACUCCAUACAGCCACUUAUCCAAUUGAAAUGUACCAGUUUAAUCAAUCACUGACAUCCAAGGGUUAUUGUUUACCUUAUGUAUCACAAGAUUUGAAGUUUCUAUUCACUUUACUCAAUUCAUCACCAUUAGUUUUGGAAUUGGAAUCUCAAGUAGAACAAAUGACUACCUCUAUUUUAAUACAUCCUUCUUGUCAGUCUAUCUCUUUGGAUGAUACAUUAUUGAAGAACAUUCAAUCUACUUUAAAUGAAUAUGAUAAAGAUUAUCAACUAUUAAACGAAUGUGCUUUGAUGUUGAAAGAUACCCCUACAAGAUAUAUGCCUCAUCUUACUUUGACCAUGAUUAUGAUGAUGAUGAUGCAGAACAUAAAGGAGAAUGAUGACAAGAUACUUACUUAUUGGGUACAAGCUAUUUCUCAAAAGAUGAAUGAUAUCAUAUAUCAAAAUAGUUUGGAUCAUCCAAAUGUCAUGAAUUUGAUUCGUCUGGUAGUCUAUUUUUUAGUGUUUUGUCAAUUCAAAUCAUUUUCUUCUUCAUCAUGGAUCAAGAAUGAAUUACAACGUAUUUGGAAUCACUUUGAUUUACAACGAACUCUUUAUCUACAAUCAACUUUGGAACAAGGACAAAAUCAAUUGAAUGAUCCCAUUUCUACUUUAAUACAAACCCUAUUAUGUCUUUGUUAUGAUUAGUCCAUCUUUUUUUUUUUUGUCAAUAAAGAAAAAUACCAUAUUGAUACAUCAUUUUGUCUUACCAUAUAUAAUCAAAUAUGCUCCCUUCGCCUCAAAAAAAAAA